UGUUUUGUGCCGCUCUAGACCUUUGCACUCCCGUCACUUUUACAAGACAGCAAGUUGUGAAGGCAGUUUUAGAUAUUCCGCACAUACUCAUCCCCCAAAUUCGUCUUAGACCGGGACUGACAGCAACGGGCAGACUUAAAACGAAGGGCUGGCGCUGACGUGGGAGAUCAGAAGGAGCCCAGAGCAGCCAACACGCCCAGCGAAGCCGCGUCACAACAGUUAAUCGAUCGCUCCUCACUUGAGGAGGAAAAAAAAGAACAAAACAACAACAAUAACAAAAGGAGCACUCAAUGUCCAGGAGCUCAUCACUCUCCAGGGACCAUUCAGAAUGCAGUGUGUCAGGAAAAAGCCGAAAAGAACUGUGUCCGAGGAAGAGAUCUUCGCAGAGACCAGCAGGAAGAUAGCAUUGCAGAACAGCGUCAGACUAGGGUUGCAGGAUGAUGAACACCUUCAGUUUCUCUUGAAGGGCAGCAAUCUGGAUAAAGUAAAGUCAAACUCCUGGAGGAAGCCUCGCUUCUUUAAGUUACAAGAUGACUGUAGUACUAUAUGGCACGAAUCCAGAAAGCUGCGCAAGGUUCCCAGCAGGCAGACAUUUUCCAUCGAAGACGUUCAGGAGGUGCGCUUGGGCCGACACUCUGAGGGUUUGCAGAAAUAUGCCAAAGAUGUCCCAGAAGAGCAGUGCUUUUCCAUCAUCUUCAAAGGAAACCGAAAGAAUCUGGACCUUAUCGCCAGCUCCAAGGAGGAGGCAAGCCAGUGGGCAGAGGGCUUGAAAAAACUUAUCAAGUUUUCGAACAAUAUGAGCAACAAGCAGAAGUUAGAACACUGGAUUCACAGCUGCAUCCGAAAAGCUGAUACGAAUUUCGACAACAAGAUGAACUUCAAAGAACUUAAACACUUCCUGCAGGAGGUCAACAUAAAAGUGGAUGACCUGUAUGCCAAGAAGCUUUUUGAGAAAUGUGACAAGUCCAAGUCAAAUAUGUUAGAGGAUUCCGAAAUUGAAGAAUUCUACAAGCUCUUAACGCAACGAGAAGAAAUCGAUGUCAUUUUUAAUAAAUACGCAGAGACUGAGGAACUUAUGAGCACUGAUGAUCUUCUGAAAUUCCUGCAGACUGAGCAGCAUGAGAAUGUGACAGUGGAAAAGGCCCACUUGCUCAUUGAGAUGUAUGAGCCUGACGAUAUAGCAAAAAGUGAGAAGCAGAUGACCAAAGAUGGUUUCUUGAUGUACCUCCAGUCUGAAGAAGGACAAAUCUUUAAUCCUGCUCACAACAGAGUCUACCAGGAGAUGAUGCACCCCCUCAGUCAUUACUUCAUCUCUUCUUCACACAACACCUACCUGGUGCAAGAUCAGUUAAAAGGAGCCAGCAGCACAGAGGCUUAUAUCAGAGCCCUGACCAGAGGUUGCCGUUGUGUGGAACUGGACUGCUGGGAUGGACCAAAUGGAGAGCCAGUGAUUUACCAUGGAUACACCCUCACCUCCAAAAUCCUCUUCAAAGAUGUCAUUACGACUGUCAAGGAAUACGCCUUCAAGAGCUCGCCAUACCCGGUGAUCCUAUCACUGGAAAACCACUGUACCCUGGAGCAACAGAAGGUGAUGGCACGGCAUCUUCGUGAGAUACUGGGCGACAUGCUGCAAACUACACCAGUUAGUAGCAAAGACUCUGCAAAUCUGCCUUCACCUGAGAUGCUAAAGGGAAAGAUCUUAAUAAAAGGCAAGAAACUUUCAAAAUUAGAGCAUAACCAAGGGAGCAACAUUACGCAUGAUGUGGAGACCGUGUCUGAAGAGGACGAAGCUGCAGAAAUUGAAGAUGAAAGCGUCAAGAGUCAAGUUAGAAAGAACUCUAAGAAUACCAAACUGAAAUUGGCUCACGAGCUCUCGGAUGUUGUGGUCUACUGCAGGAGUGUCCACUUUCCUGGCUUUGACAAUGCCAAGAAGAACCAGACCUCCUUUGACAUAUCAUCAUUUGUAGAAAGCAAAGCACUGAAGCUAGUUCAAGACUCAGCCAACGACUUCUUGAUUCACAACACAAGACAACUAAGCAGAAUCUAUCCUGCCGGCAAGAGGACGGACUCCUCAAAUUACAAUCCAGUAGAUUUGUGGAUUGCAGGCUGCCAGAUAGUUGCCCUGAACUUCCAGACACCAUGCCUGCAGAUGGACCUGUACCAAGGAAUGUUUAAGGAGAACGGUCUCUGUGGCUAUGUUCUCAAGCCCAAGUUCCUUCGAGAGGGCACUAGCCAAUUCAACCCCAUGUGUGUCACAUCAGGAGAAUGGCUGCAACCCAAGAAACUCCACGUGAUGAUUAUAUCUGGUCAACAGCUUCCAAAGGUGAACCAGGACAAAAUCAACUCCAUUGUAGACCCUCUUGUAAAGGUGGAGAUCUUUGGAGUCCCAAGAGAUGUCCAAAAAGCAGAGACACAUCAUCUGAAUAAUAAUGGAUUUAAUCCAAUGUGGAACAAGACUUACGUCUUUGACAUUUCAGUCCCACAAUUGGCCUUCAUUCGAUUUCUGGUGGAGGAUUAUGAUGGAAGUUCCUUCAAUGAUUUUGUUGCACAGUAUACCCUACCUGUAACCAGCAUCCAAAAUGGUUACCGCCACAUCCCUUUGUUGUCCAAGACUGGGAAUCCAUGUUCCUCAAGUUCUCUUUUUGUUAAUAUUUUAUUGGAGGACCAAUAAUAAUCAUCAUCAUCAUAGUAACAAUAAUGCAAAGGAUCCACCAAAGCAGCUGGAAGACAAAGAAUACCCCAGCGUGAAACCGAAAAUGUGCAACGGGCACUGAAAACACUUCAACUGCAUUUUUAAUUUUAGUUUUUUUAAUUUUACUUUUUAAAAUUUUAAUGUUAAUAUCCUCUUUUUAUUGGGUUUUAUCUGUAUUGUGCAAUUGGCGUAGAGUUCUUGUAUGAUUUGAGUUAUGGCAGGUGAAAUUUGUGACUUGUCUCCCUGUGCUCAUCUCAACCAAAGCUGCUGUCCAUUGUGGAGAGUCAGGCCAGCCAAGUGAGCACAGCGGCAGCUCACUUACUGGACACACGCCUACUACACGCGGACGCGCACGUCAUUCCACACACGGCCAACUCUUUGUCAUUUUAAAUUGUGCUUUUCUUGAGUUGGCACUCUGUGUGUGUACUCUGUUAGUAAAUACACAAGUGGUGUAUUCACCUAGUGGGCUACAAGUGUGAAUACACCCAUAAACUGACAUGCCUUUUUCUAUUAUUUAUUUUUUUAUAUUUUUUAGUAGGUUUUAAAUUGCAGCAAACAAUUCUGGGUUUGAAUAACUGAAAAAGCUCCACUUUAGGACAAUUAGAAUGACCCCGUAAGCAGCGAACUCUUAAGAGAACUUCCGAACGAUGGGAGUUUAAACUCCUAGACGCGUGUUGGCAAAGUUGUUCUUUUCCAACCAAAAUAUAAGGUAACUAAACCCUGCCUUUAGUCUCGCUGGGUAACUAAACCCUGCCUUUAGUCUCACAGAGGGGUCAGCCUUACUGGUUAUAGCAGACCACCGUGGUAUUCCAGAAAUUGAAAAUGCUGUGGAGCAACCGCACCAUACAUUUGUCAUACAUGGUCAUAUUUUGUGUUCUUUUGUCUAAAUAGACCAUUAAAGAAGGACUAUUCCAUCAAGCAUUUAAACAUAUAAAGUGAAUUUUAAAAUUAACAUUGUACAAAAGCGUACUAAGAAAAAUAACAUCUGCAAAAUGUUAAUUUCUGCCUGUAGCACUAAGAGGCCAUUAAUGGUGUUGCAUGCCAGCAUUGUAAGAAGAACAACAUAUAAUGUCUUCAUUUUUUAUUGCUGUUAUUAUUCAACUUAUUUAUCCUCGUUUGGAUUGAAUUAGUCUUUUUAUUUCAACUCAUUAUUUAUUUUUUUAAAAUAUUUUUGUUCAUUUGUUUUAUUUUCUGAAGCUACGUCAUUCUCUUCAUGGUUGAGGGAGAGCCAAACUCGUACUAUUUUAGUUCUAUUUUUAAGUAAGUUAUUAUUAAUAAUUUAGAUUUCAAAUUACAGACUAGCAUGAGAAGUCUGUAUUGUGAAGUGUUGUAUUAAUGUUGUCACGGAGGCCUUGGCCAGAGCCAUCAUGGCUGUUUACUUUCAUGUUAUGUUGGCAGGUCAUAAAGGACUGGGCUGACACUUUAGCUCUGCUUAGUGUUUGGAGAAAAGGUUUACCUUCUCAUUUUGAACAGUAUCCGUUUAUACAUUGUAUAGUAAAUAUCCCUUUAAUUGUGUUUAUGUCAUCUAUCUGAUCUUUAAAGCUUUUUUUUCUAGUGUUACUGGUUUAUAAUCAGGUCUAAGAAGUGGUAGUGGAAGAUAAGGACGCUCCUGUUAAUUCAGUUUGAAUACAAAGGGUUUAAUCUUGCAAGUUAAACUGUGCAGAAGGGAGCUUCGUCAGAAGUUAAUCGUUUCAUUAACUCACAUUAACGUUGUCUUAUUUAUCGCUUUCCUUUUAUUUUCCAUAAUUAAAAUCUGAUUUGGCAGAAGCCACUGGAGAUUCUUCAAGAAGGGAUAUUUAUUCUUUCGGAUAAACUGUCUUCGAUAUGUGUUAGGUCAUAUCCACACUACUACAUUUUCUGUUCAAAACACAGACAUUAUUCUUCAUUUUCGCCUUUCAUUCACAAUGCCCUGGAAAACAGAGACUUUUAAAUAAAUGCUCUCCAGUGCUUGGUGUGGGAGAAAAGUCAGACUGUGAUUGUGCUCUGAUUUGUUUGUGCUUAUUACAUAACCUCAAUACAAUAUCUCAUUCCCUGGUAGAUAACCAUUUUCCAACAAAGUGGACAUACAGGAGUAGCUUUCCAUGGCGCUUAUUUUGUUGCUUACCUCUGUGUGUUUUUAACUGCAUACAUGCGUAAAGUGAUGAAGAAUUUACCAAUCACUUCAGUUUAUGAUAAAUCCCAGGAUGGCGGCAUAACCAGUUCCUUCCAGGAGGACGUCUCAAAGUAGACAAAUGGUUAAAACAUACGCAUUUUUCGGUUGUUUUAGUGCGAACAGCGAUACUGUUGUAAACAAUGUGAAAACACUAGUGUGGGUAGAGAGAGUUUUUUUCAUUUAAAAGUGUCAUUUUUAAAUAGUGUGAAUGUAGCCUUAGAUUCCUGUCUCUCACCUUUUAAAUACACUACCAUUAUUUUGAAUGGAACAUUUUAGCAGGAAAUGUUGGCAAAAUUUGAAAUAAAAU